GUCACAUAUACUUUCUGGUGCCGUGUAACGCCGGGCGCACAGCGAGUACAUCGUGUGCCGACAGUCGUGCUCGGUCCUUCCUCUCGCGCGGGUCCUAUAACACACGCUCUUUUCCUCUCUCUCUCUUUCUUUCUCUCUCUGUUUUUCUGCGGUGUACCAUACGAACAUAUCCAGUGAGUAUCGUUAACAAGUGGUGACAACCCGGCCGAAAGGGGAAAACCGACGGUCUUCCAGGGAGAGACUCUUUCCUAACCGGGAGCAUCCCCUGGUAUUCUAGCUUGGCGUCGCGUCCAACAACGUUUUCAACCCUUCGUCGUUACCGUCGUUAACGAUUCGCUGAUUUGUUUACCGCCUCAAGUGGCCGGCACGUGACACGUUCACGGGUCCAGUGACUCCGAUAGCUCCCAGCCCUACGGCCUUCCCCUACCCUGGUAAAGUUUGAUAUCUCUCGCACUGGUGACCUUGAGACGGACCUUGACCAUCGGCGAGACCACUUUUGGAAGAUUGAGGGUUCGAUAGAAAGGACUCGGAGCCAAGUUCGGGAAUUCCAGCGGCCAUGGAUUAUUGAAAUGUCUACCCGAGGUGAAACGAAUUUCGUAAAAUGUCCGUGGAAUUACGAGACACGGGUUAUUGACACAAGACUGCGGCGGCCUUGAAUCAUUUGAAGAAAGCUUGUUAACUAAUUUCGAUAUCGUAACUCGAACUGGCCAUUACGACGACAUUUGACGAUAAAGAGUUAAUGCUGCAGUGAGGAAAAUUGUACAAAAAAUGGCUUUACGACGAAUGGAAUCGGAGAAUGGUUCCAAUAAAUGACUAUACAAGAACAUUUAUAUACAACUUUGUCUCCAGUUAAUAGUUAAAUUAAAGAAGAAAAGCAGAAGCUUCACAGAGCAAGACUGCAACGAGCGCUCUUAAUGAACCAAUUACAGCUUUAUGAAAAUAUCCUUUCAAACAACUUGCUUAGACCUAUCCAAUUUAUCUUCGUUAACAUUUAUCUCUAUAUCUUAGUCCUUGAUCAAAAAGUUAGUGCUAUAAUUAAUGCUAUCUUGGUAAAAAUCAACAAUGAAUAUCAUUUGAUUACCUAAUACUUCCAUCAAGUCGUUUUCUCGUAUUAAUUUUCUACAAUUUUAUUUCUUUGCUCAAUUCUCGGUCUUAACACUACGAUGAAGAAUUCAUUAUUAAAUUACUUUUUAGACUUUCAAUUUUACAAUUACCAUGAAAAAUGUUAAGAACAAUGGCUGGUCCUAAUUUUUUGAUCAGGGACUGUAAAAGUAAAAUUGUAUAAUAAUCUCUUUUGUCACGUAACGCUAACAUCGUGUGUUUACAAGCUGUUUUAUUGAAAUGUAACUUGUAUAUUAUUUCUAGGAAAAUCCGCAACGUAUCAGUCACAUUGAAUCUCCAUAACGCGUUAAUACACUUUUCCCCGUUCUGUUUAUUGAAACUCGAGCGGAGAACGUUACUCUUCCAUAUACGACGCGGCUCGGUUUCUUUGGAACCGGUAAAAGUGACCGUGUGUGCGCCAAGUUCAUUUGCAUUAUUAAUGAUUCGAUAACACAUACGUCGUUUUGCAAUACUCGUCGUGCGCCGGUGCGUAAUACACCAGGUAUCUCCAUUCAAUAGGAAUGUCCACUGUUUGCGAUGAUCCACGACGCGGGAGCAAAGCGAUCCUUCCUUGUUGGUGAUCCUCAUAUCCACCUCGAUCAAGAACUGAUAUAAACACAUAUUUUAUCUGCUGAAAGCGUGAAACCUAUCGACGCCAGAAUCCGAGCCAGUGGAACUGAUCAUCGCACCUAAGACCUGAAAUCAGCUCAAAGAACUCCUCGACGAUCCCAUCUUCCAAAGGAACAGCAUCCCCGAAUCUUGAAUGAAUUGAUCCGAAACAACUGCACCUGUUGGACGCACAACAUCGAAAAACAGCCCUGAAAAGAAACAAUCAUCAUUUCGUCAAACAUGACAUAGACUGAAGUAUCUUGUCCAAGCGUGUUCACCCAGAAAGUAACUCGUUGAAGGAUACGAAUCCGAUAAUCGAAGAAGUUUGUAAAGAAAUAAGGCAUAGGAAAGAUUCAUCUGUUAAAGGAAAAUAUUUUUUGACGAAAGAAGCUAGAGAAUUUCUUGCAUUGCUGGAACACAAUUGUUCGUUUGUAGAGGACAGGAUAGGUUCAAGGAGCAGCACGCAGCGAAAAGUUCUCAUCACCGUCGAAACGGAUUCGAGGAGAGUCAAGUGUCGCUUUAGCAGCGUAUUCCAGAGCAAGUGGACCACGGGGACCAGAAGACGCAAACGUAGAAGGAUCCGAGGCAUCAAGGAAAAAUGGCGUACGACGACGUUAUUCUGCGGAUGGGCGAGUUUGGCCGGUACCAGCGCAGAAUCUACCUUCUGCUCUGCCUUCCGGCGAUAUCGUGCGCGUUCCACAAGAUCGCUGGCGUCUUCCUUGGCGCGAAGAUGAACACUAGAUGCUUGUUGCCACAUGAAAACGUGGACAACGCUACGUACUUGUUACCCCAAAACGUGAUAAACGCGAGUUAUCCAUGGGAACAAGAGUCGGAACAAUGGUCACAGUGUUACAGACGCGACCCCAGUGUCUUUAAUCAGACAACAAUGGACAGGUACGUCGACACAUCGACCGACGACGCGCCAAUCCAGAAGCCCUUCUCUCCGAGUGAUCUAAACACCCAUGGCCUGAAGAAGUGCGAGAGAUAUGUCUAUGAUAGAAGCAAAUACAAAAGUACCACCAUUUCUGAGUGGAACUUAGUUUGCGACAGGGCAUGGUUGAGAGCUACGGGGGAUUCUUUGUUCAUGGUAGGAGUCAUGCUUGGCUCGAUGAUUUUCGGUGGUUUGUCCGAUAAAUAUGGGCGUAGACCAAUUUUCUUCCUGUCUUUAGUCAUACAGCUGGUCGGCGGUAUACUAGUCGCAGUUGCACCCGAGUUUAUAUCCUACGUUAUCUUCAGGUUAAUACUCGGCUCGACCACCAGUGGGGUCUUUCUAGUCGCCUACGUCAUUGCCUUGGAAAUGGUGGGCCCAAGGAAACGUUUGGUAGCUGGCGUUGGUUGCCAAUUAUUCUUCACGACUGGAUACAUACUCACUGCUGGUUUUGCAUACUUUAUAACUGACUGGAGAAUGCUGCAAGUUGCCAUCACCGUGCCAAGUAUUGCAUUCCUUCUCUAUUGGUGGUUCAUCCCUGAAUCUGCACGUUGGCUGUUGACUAAAGGUCGUGUACAGGAAGCAAAAGACCUCCUUCAACGAGCCUCAUUAGAAAACGGUGUGGAGAUGCCAAGCGAAGCACUGGAAACGCUUCUUAAUAGCUGCGAAGACAGCGCACCAGAUUAUAAGAAACCGUCGCUGUUUGAUCUUUUCCGAUAUCCAAAUCUGAGACGGAAGAGUAUUUUACUAUUUUUCAAUUGGCUUGUAAAUAGCGGCACUUACUACGGACUCUCCUGGCAUGUAGCCAACCUUGGUGGCAACGACUAUGUCAAUUUUGUCAUUUCCGGGUUAGUGGAAGUACCUGCAUACACAUUUCUAAUUUUCACCCUGAACCGUUGGGGCAGGAAGAUUAUUUUAUGCGGUUGCAUGUUAAUAUCCGGAGUGGCGCUACUUGCUAUCUUAUUUGUACCUGCUGAUGCUCAGUGGCUCGUCGUGUGUCUAGCCAUGAUCGGGAAACUGACUAUCACAUCGUCCUACGGUGCUAUUUAUGUUUUUACUGCCGAACAAUUUCCCACAGUCAUUCGGAAUGUCGGUCUCGGAGCUAGUUCAACUUUCGCUCGAAUCGGUGGUGUAAUUGCCCCAUAUGUCAUUCACCUGUCCGAAAUCUGGAUGCCUCUUCCAUUCGUUAUUUUUGGAUCGUGCGUGCUAACAGGUGGUAUGAUGUCAUUGCUCCUUCCAGAAACAUUGAAUAAGAAGCUUCCAGAAUCUAUACAGGAUGGCGAAUUGUUUGGAAAAAAACCCUCAAAGAAGGAAAAGAAGAAGCAACUAGACAUAGAACAAUUGAACGAAGUGGAUGUGAUAAAGCCAUUGAAGCCACAAGAAAACGGUGUUCACGAAAAGCAAAACGGAUGACAAUGAUCUCCAUGGAGAUCGAGAUUUGGUUAUGCUCAAAAUAUGUAUUUGAAUCCCGCCUGAUUGUAUUCUAGGCAGCCUUCUGUAUAUACGUAUUUCGCGUAUAUAAAUUUUAGCGUGCCUGUUACAAAAGUUUACCAACGAAUCCAAUUGGACUCUCAAGCUGCAUGAUCAAUCAAACGUAGGUUGCCUCCGACUGAGAACGAAACACAGAGAAACACGAAUCAAGGGACUACUGAUAUUCUCAUUGAACGUUUUAGCUCUAAACUAUUGAAAGUGAGAAGGCGAUGAUUUACCUUCUUUACCUAAGUACACACAGCCUUUGUAAUUGAUAGCACACGAAAAACAAAUCUGCCAGAGAACAUAUCACUUACUCUAAUUUCCAAGUGUCAUUUACAUAUUAAGUGCCCUUGAAAUGUAAACAUGUAAAAGUUUUCCCGAAAUACUCGCGUGAAAAAUAAUAAUUAUUUUCGCGCGACUAACGCGGAUGAAAAAUACA